AUGGCUGGCAUUGGUGCGGCAGACAGUGCCGACAAGAAGGGACUCCCGGUGGGUGGUCCCCUGCCAGGUGGUGCCGUGCAGGCCGGGCAGCAACAGCAGCAGAACCAGCAGCUCCUCCUGACCCCAGCCAGCCUUCAGCUUGCUCAGCUCCAGGCCCAGCUCACCCUCCAUCGCCUCAAACUGGCCCAGGGCACUGUGGGCGGCAACGCAGCCACUGCUGCCUCCGUCCUCAAUCAGGUCCUUUCCAAUGUGGCCAUGUCCCAACCCUUGUUCAACCAGCUCCGGACUUCGGCCAUGGUCGGAAACCCACAAGGUGCCUUUCCCUCAGGAGCCCUAGGUUUCCCCUCUCCGAAUUCAGCCCUGGGGACUCUCGUGGGUGGGGGCUUCAACCAGAACCAAAGUAAUGUGAGGCUGAACCAUUACGGUGGUGCAGGUGCAGUGGGUCAACACGGAGGAGAAUAUGGCAAAAAGACAAGCUCAACCUACCCGUCUGAUACCGACAGGCGUCUUCAGUACGGCUUCCUUGGAGGGACUUCUGCAGCAUCAACUAAACCUGGGGAGGGACAGUUUGCAUCCAUAAAUACUCAGGCAAAAAACACAAACAAUGUUGGUUUUCAGAGAGAUUUCUAUGGGCAGGAUAUGCAGGGGCAGCAGGCUGGAUUUGGUGUAAAUGAACAGAAUGUGAAUGCUUAUACCUCCGCUGGCCAUAAGGAGCAGUGGAAAGGCCCUGCAAACCUGAGUCACACUGGAAAGGUAGAUAUGGUUCCUAAUGCUGCUGCAGUGUGGACGGCAGCUGGGCAGCCGGUUCACCCCAGAGCAGAGUUGUACAACCCUGAGGAGCCCACACCUGACCCCAAGUUCAACCCCGGUGGAAGGGCCUCCUCUUUUGCCUCAGGUGGCACACAGGGGUUUGUGGGCUAUCAGCCCCUACAGGGAGGUGAGGAAACCCUGUCUGGAGGCUCCAUGACCCUGCAGCCCCACCAAGUCAGUGAUUACAACGCUGUUACCCCCUCCCACCUGCCACACCAGUGCACCAUCUGUGACAAGAAGGUCUACAACCUCAAGGACUGGGACCAGCACGUGAAGGGAAAGCUACACCUGCAGAACCGAUCGCUGUACGCGAAUGAGAGCCCUGCAGUAGUAGCGGCCGGAGCUGUUCACUAUGCUGUCAGCGGGCCUUCUGACGGAGGUCUGAGCGCCGGAGGGAAUAACUCCAUGGUCUACUCUGCUGCAAGUCAAGAUGUAUCCUCAGGAGCUGCUGCGUCAUACUUGCCAGCUGCAGCCAUGAAGACUUAUCCCAUGUCAGGCGCUGGAUUCACCUCACACCAGCCAGGGUCAAAGCCAUUUCCUCCCAGGAAGUCCAUUGCAGGGCGGGUUGUCCACAUCUGCAACCUCCCAGAAGGCAGCUGCACAGAGAAUGAUGUCAUCAACCUGGGACUGCCCUUUGGCAAAGUCACCAACUACAUCCUGAUGCGUUCUACCCAUCAGGCAUUUCUGGAGAUGGCGUAUGUUGAGGCGGCUCAGGCUAUGGUUCAAUACUACCAGCUAACCCCAGCCAUGAUUAAUGAUCAGAAACUUCUCAUUCGAAUGUCCAAGAGGUACAAGGAGCUGCAGCUAAAGAAACCAGGUAAAGAUGUUGAAUCGAUCAUCCAGGAUAUCAACUCUCAAAGGGAAAGGGACGAGAUGCAAGAGCUUGACCACUACAUGCCAGAGAGAGCACGCUCUCGCAGUCCCAUCAGCCGCUCUCUGAGUCCUCAUUCCCACAGCCCCAGCUUUACGUCCUGUAGCUCAGCCCACAGCCCACAGGGGGCGCCGGGUAGGGGUCCCGAGAGAGCCAGUAAUGGCAUGGGCCCUCGCCGGGGCUCUUGGGACUGGUCAUCACAUCUGAGGAGGGGCGAGGAAGACAGGGAGAGGGAGCGGGACGACCUGUGGAGGAAUGGGAGUAGUGUGGAUGAUGAGCGGCACAAUGGACGUCGGAAGGUGUACCAAAAACCCUCAGAUCAUAUCAGCUCCAGAUCUGCAGAGGAACGAGGAGGAGGCGGAGGUGGGGGAGGCGGAGAGGGCAUGAGGGGCAACAGAGACUGGUACCCACGAGGCAGCCCUCAAGGGAUGUCCUUCAGCUCUUAUAGAAACAUGGAGGAUGACUUCUACCUGAAGGAGCAGAUGUAUAAGGUGGAAAAGCCUCCAAGAACUCCAUACCAAAGACAUGAUACCAAGUCAAAGAGGAGGGAUGGAGGUGACUACCACGGUAGGUCGAGGCACUCUGAGUCCGAGCUGUCCGAGGAGCCGCUUCCUAGGACACCAGAAGUCAGGAAGCAGAGUUCGCCAGGCAGGGGCAGGAGCAAAAAAUCAAGUUGGAGGCACACCACUGUGGAAAAGCAAGAGAGAGAAAACACUACUGAAAACAAUGAUCGGCAGUCAAAAGAAAAAUCGGUUUCACCUCCGCAGAGCAGCAAGCCAGUAGAAGCUACUGAAUGUGAGAAAGACAAAGAUGGUGUGGAUGAGUGGGAGAGCGGGGAUGACACCGAGGGGGAAAGCUGGUACCCAAAGAACAUGGAGGAGCUGGUCACUGUCGAUGAGGUUGGAGGGGAGGAUGACUCCAUCAUUGAGCCAGACCUUCCUGAGCUGGCUGAGUCCACUUCCUGCCCCGAAGCAUCUACGAAGCAAGAAAUGGCAGAGGAGCUCGUACCACCACCAACCACCUCUUGCUCUGAGAUGCAGGAGUCCUCCAACAAGGCGUCUGAGCAGGAAAAAAACAAGGGGAAUGAUGGAGUCGAGACAGAAGCACCUGUGGCUGAGAAAGCAGAGGAUGUUUUGACUGGAGCCAGUCCUAAAGAGCAGACACUCAAUCCAGUGGCUCCCGAGGUUCCCAGCACUGACAUCAGGGACUUCCCCAGUGAGGAGUUCAAGGCUGCUCUGGAGGAGACAUGUUUGCCGGAUAAAGUACCAAACAGCGGGCCAUCACAAGAGCUGCUGGAAAAUCAUGUUAGUGUAUCUGAGGGUAGUAAGACCCAGGAAGUAGCACAGGUCACUGAGACAAACAGCAAAGGGGCACAGCACAAGGAUGAGACUCUCAAAAAAGAGAUUGAGGCCCCCUCGCCAUCUCGAGACCAAGAAAAGGCUGUCAGCGAGCACAGCAUCCCUUUGGGAGUUGAGUUCAUCGUGCCAAGGACGGGAUUCUACUGUAAGCUGUGCGGACUCUUCUACACCAGUGAGGAUGUGGCAAAGACAACCCACUGCCGCAGCACCAUCCACUAUAGGAACCUACAGAAGUACCUGUCUCAGCUGGCAGAGGAGAGCCUCCUGGGCGCACUCGCUGAGCCUUCGUCCUCAGAGUGACCACAGCUUGACCUUUCACCUCCUGUACAGCUAACAGCAGAAGAAAGCUCUGUGAAUGUGUGUUGUUGUUGUGGCCCUAUUGGCCAUGCUGUGGCCAAUAUGACUUAAGUUAUUACAUUUGGAAAUUUUUCAGAGUAUGGUUUUGAUGGGUGAUAGA